UAGUUUAACAUGAUGGUUCAGUUAGGCUGUGGCAUUAACGUUUUGGGACCAGCACCUUUCUCUCUCUGCUUUGUGAUUACAGCUGGACUUCUAUAUACAACAACGAACGGAUAUAAGCCAGAAACAGAUGGUUCUCUUGACGGGCUUCCCAACUACCAAGUUGUUCAUCCUGUCAGAGUGGAUUCAACUGGACAUUUCUUGUCAAAUCACGUGUCCCACCGUGCGAGUCGAAUUCAGAGGAGAGAGACGGCAAAAAACGCCAAGAACCUUGCCCAAGUUUUCUACCAUCUGCAGUAUGGUGGGCAUGACCUGCACUUUAACCUUACCCUAAACUCUCAUCUCCUGGCACCUGGCUUCAUUACAGAGCGGAGAUUUGGUGGCCUGCAAGGGUCUACGUUACAUGGCCAUAGCCAUUCUCUCUGCUACUUCCUGGGAGAUGUGAGGAGUAGUACACUGAAGACAGGUCAAGCAGCUGUGAGCACUUGCAAUGGCUUGACAGGGCUGUUCAAGCUGUCAGAAGAGGAAUUCUUCAUUAGUCCGCUGAAGCCGCCACAAGAAGACUCAGCACCACAGGCUCAUGCCGUCUACAAGCGACAUGCUGUUCAAUCAGAACAGCAGCUGCUGCAGCCUUUGUUAGAGAAGCAAACAGCUAGUGCGACCUGUGGGGUCAAAGAUCAUUGGGGAGGUGUAGAUCGAGUGGAAAGGCAUAGAGAGCGCUGGGAGAGACGGCAACAUCGCAGACGGAUCAGACAGCGCUCUAUAAGCACUGAGAAGUGGGUUGAGACUUUGGUCGUUGCUGAUCCUAAAAUGGUGGAGUACCAUGGUAGCAAAGGAGUCGUGAGCUAUGUGCUGUCUGUCAUGAAUAUUGUGGCAGGCUUGUUUCAUGAUGCCAGUAUUGGAAAUGCUAUCAACAUUGUAGUUGUGCGUCUCGUUCUGCUGGAGAAGGACGAGGAGGAUCUGAAAAUCACCCAUCACGCAGACAACAGCCUGAAUAGCUUCUGUAAGUGGCAGAAGGGCAUGAACAUGAAGGGCGAUGAACAUCCUGUUCAUCAUGAUGUGGCUGUCCUGCUCACUAGGAAAGACAUUUGUGCAGCUAUUAAUAAGCCGUGUGAGACGUUAGGGCUAUCUCACGUGGCUGGAAUGUGCCAACCGCAUCGCAGCUGCAGCAUCAAUGAAGAUACAGGUCUCCCCGUGGCAUUUACAGUAGCGCAUGAGCUCGGCCACAACUUUGGGAUUCAGCAUGAUGGGAAUGGGAAUGACUGCGAACCCAUUGGAAAAAGACCCUUUGUGAUGUCACCGCAGCUGCUGUAUGGCACCUCUCCACCCAACUGGUCUCGCUGCAGCCGCGAGUACAUCACACGCUUCCUCGAUCGAGGUUGGGGCUGGUGUCUGGAUGACCCUCCAGUCAGGAACGAGCUGGAGAUGCAGUCUUCUCCCCCCGGUGUGUUGUACAGUGCUGCUCAUCAAUGCAAACUCCAGUAUGGCUCCAGUUCACAGCUCUGUGACGAUGUGGACAAUAUCUGUAGCACCCUGUGGUGCACAGUGGAUUCAACCUGCCACUCGAGGCUGGAUGGCGCUGUGGAUGGGACCAAGUGUGGUGAGGGCAAGUGGUGUUUUGACGGGGAGUGUGUGGCAGUGGGCUCCCAGACUAAGAGUGUGAAUGGAGGCUGGGCUUCAUGGAGCGAGUGGUCUGACUGCACUAGGACUUGCGGUGUAGGAGUUCAGAAUGCCCAGAGGGACUGUAUCAACCCUGUACCUAAAUACGGAGGUAAAUACUGUCUCGGGGAUCGACGUAGAUAUCGAACCUGCAACCGUGACCCCUGCCCUGUGGACCAGCCCAGCUUCAGAUUCAUCCAGUGCAGCCGCUUCAACACGGUCCCUUAUAAAAAAAAGUUUUACAAAUGGACACAUGUGAAUAACAGAGUUAAUCCGUGUGAACUGCACUGUAGACCUGUGAACGAGCAGUUCUCAGAGAGGAUGCUGGACACUGUCAUUGAUGGAACACCUUGUUAUGAAGGCAGUCACAGCCGUGACAUUUGCAUUAAUGGCAUCUGCAAGAACCUUGGCUGUGAUUAUGAGGUUGACUCAAAUGCUGUUGAGGAUCAAUGUGGUGUAUGCCAUGGAAAUGGUUCCACGUGCAAGACAGUGAGGAAGACCUUUGAGGACAGUGAAGGGCUUGGCUAUGUAGACAUAGGCUUAAUUCCAGAAGGAGCACGGGACAUCCGUAUUGAGGAAGUUGCAGAGGCUGGGAACUUCUUGGCAUUACGCAGUAAUGACCCUGAAAAAUAUUUCCUGAAUGGUGGCUGGACGAUCCAGUGGAACGGGGAAUACAAGGCAGGAGGAACAAUAUUCACUUACGAGAGGAACGGCCAGCUGGAAAACCUGUCUUCCCCUGGACCAACCAUGGAGCCAGUGUGGAUUCAGCUGCUCUUUCAGGAGACGAAUCCAGGGGUACGAUACGAGUACACAAUAAGCAGAGGCACUCUUGUCGAAUCCAACUACGGUACCCCUGCCUCUUAUUUCCAGUGGAUAUUUGGGGCCUGGACAGAGUGCAGUGCUACAUGCGGAACUGGUGUACAAAGACAAGCUGUGCAUUGUGUCGAGAGAACAUCUGGAAUUGUUGAGGAGCAUUACUGUGAUCCAUCAACCAGACCAGAUGACAUGCAAACAAGCUGCAACAAGGAGUCAUGUCCAGCCAUAUGGUGGGUUGGAGAGUGGCAGAAGUGCUCAUCAUCUUGUGGAGACAUAGGGCUAAGUAAGAGGACUGUGCUUUGUAUUCAGAGUGUGACCCUGGAUGAGCAGCGAGCGCUACAGCCUACCGAAUGUCAACACAUGCCUAAGCCUCAAUCAAUUGUUCCCUGCAACUCACACGUUCCUUGUCCUGCAGAUUGGAAUACUGGAGUCUGGUCAGAGUGCUCCGUGAGCUGUGCAGCUGGUCUCCAAAGUCGUGACGUGACCUGCAGCUGGAAUACUGGCAUGGACUGUGACCCGAAAGCCAAGCCUAUUUCAACCAUGCCAUGCAAUGCACAGGACUGCCCCACAAAUUCAGACAUCUUUGACCAGGACUGGUCUGGAAGUGGAGCAUCUAGCAAAGAAGUUGUCAAUGAGAUUCAAGCAAUACCUUAUGAUGCACCCAAAUUUGGCGGUGGUUCAACUAGAGCUCAGCACAGGGGCAAUGUUGACCUCAAUAAUAUUGUAGAAGAUGAUUUCUCACAUUUUAGUCAUGUAGACAAGCCUUCUGAUAAUUCCAUUGGGAACAAUCUUCAAGUUGAUGAUUUUUACUAUGACUACAAUUUCAUAAAAUUUCACGAGGAUCUGUCAAAUGACCUUGACAAGGAGGGAAAUGAUGUGUUUGAUAACUCUGGAAUAAAACAAAGGAAAGAUGUCUCCAUAACUACUUCAUCACCAUCCACCACAGUGGACCAACUAAAUUCCACCAACAUGCACUCUAACAGCAUCACCAACAAGGGUACUGAUAGUCAUGGACCUCAAAAUUCAGAUGAAACUAGCGAUGAAGUAUUUGAUGAUGACUAUUUCCUACCUUUCAUUACAACAACAGAACCAUCCUCUCCAGUUACAAGGUUCUUUAACAAAUGGAAAAAAUUAAACGUUGAUCUUGGUGUAACUCAGGGCUUCAGUACUACAAGGAACCCUACACCAACUGCGGAGCACACGUUAUCAUAUGAAACUGUGCCAGACAUCUUUUGGACACCUAAACCACUUGAAACUCCUUACGAAAACUCACAUAACUUUUAUGAUUACAAAGAACUAGAUAACACCAAAACACCUGUAACUAUAGACGAGGCUGGGAAGGAUGGAGAAGAUAAGGAGAAGUUUGGCGAAGAUGUUCCUGGAGGUGAGAGCGAAUGGGAAAACGUUCAACCACAACCAAGCACUCAAACAUAUAAGCCUUCGUCAGAUGAUGUAUUUCAGUUUAAAACCAGUGAGAUCAGUCAAGCUGAUAAUCCCACGACUCUUAUUCAAUUGAAUAUGGACUCUCCAACGGUCUCAUUAAGCACAAUUUCACACCCAUUUGAGCUACUCAGCAGUACUUCCAACGUUGUCACUGAAUCAACAACAAACACCAAGUCUAUUGAACCAUGGCUCACUGUAAGUGAGACUAUUACAACCUCGGAUAACCUUUCUCCAGAGUCCAUUCCUUCUCCGACUUCCUUUAACAUUGCCAAACAUUACAGUAGCAUGACCUCAGCAGCUGGAACAACAGCUCUACCUCCUACAGAUAUGGAAAGGGAUUUGGCGCCCCCAUUCUUGAUUCCAACUGAGAUUCCAGGCACUACAUUUGGAACGGAGACUCACAGUUUGUAUUCGAGAGCACCAACCAAGACCAAUAAGCCUGGAGCUUCAUAUCCUAGCAUAGGGCCUUGGGGAACUUCGGUCACCUUACCUCGCUGGACAGAGAUUGAAAUAACUGCCAGAAUACAAAGACCUAGUCUCUCUACUCCAACUGUGCUGCCAUCUCCGGCUACUUCCAAUGAGCCUUCAGUGCUUUCUUCUAGCCCUACGAUGCCUACUGGGUUGAUGCUGUCCUCCUUAUCCCCAUUAGCCUCCCCUGCACACUGGAGAAAGGGCAACUGGAGUGCUUGCUCCACAAGUUGUGGGCUUGGUGCCAUCUGGAGGUCAGUGUCCUGCAGCACUGGCAAUGAAUCAGACUGUGAUUUAGCUACCAGACCAGUGCCAGCGCGCCGGUGCUACCUACGACCCUGCUCCGCAUGGAAAAUUGGAGAGUGGAGUAAAUGCUCAAAGAAUUGUGGUGGAGGCGUGAAACUGCGAGAGAUUCAGUGUUAUGACACACGAGAUCAGAGACCACUGCGGCCCUUCCACUGCCAGGCCACUUCUCUGAGGCCACCUACCCAAAUGCCCUGCAACAUCCACAGCUGUCUGGACUGGUACACCUCUUCUUGGGGACAGUGUUCUGAGCUGUGUGGAGGUGGAGAGCAGCAGAGGCUGGUCACCUGCCCUGAAACUGGGAAAUGUGAUGAGGAGCUGCAGCCCAGUUAUAUUCAGACUUGCAACAUCUAUCCAUGCAUCCAGUGGGUUACUGGAUCCUGGGGUCAGUGUUCAGUAUCCUGUGGAGGAGGCGUUCAGCGCCGGCUAGUCAAAUGUGUCAACACUAAGGCUGAGCUGGAGGAAGAAAAUGAGCAUACGGAUUGUGACCACGAACCCCGGCCAAAGAACAAGCACAAGUGUAACAUUCAAAAGUGUGACAGCGCCCCCUCUGGUCAGUUGUGUUUACGUGACCGUUUGACAUUUCGCUUCUGUCAGACCCUCCAGGGGCUCGGUCGAUGCCAUCAGCCUUCGGUCCGUUCACAGUGCUGUAAGACCUGCAGGCUGCACUCACGGGGCAGUGAUCGCAUUGCACGCCGCUGAGAUACUGAGGGAUCGAAGGAUGACUGCUCUCAGCCAGGACAUACAUUUCAACACAGAUUGUGACACACCAAUACUCAAAGUAGCUACGGACCAAUCCAUAACCAUCUGUUCUGGCCUACAGUAGCUGCUUCCACUGAUUAUGUAGCAGUUCACCAGGAAGCUAUUUGUCCUUACAUAAUUAAUGAAUGUUCUGAGUUCAAGUUUACCUCCAUCGACAGCAUCUGUGGCAUGCAAUCAGUUGUCGCAGAGAAUCAUUUCGACUCAGUUUUUAAACAACAAAAAUUGUGUUUCGAUUAAAGGCACUUGCAAGGGGGGACAACUGGACCUUUUGUCUCAGGCCCGGAGGGGUGGGGACAAAAAAAGCUGUCCCAUAUAGUGGAGCGCAUCUAAACAUGUUCAGCAGGAGACACAUAAUACAUAUAAACACAGAGGCAUUACACAAUAACAAAAGCCGUGUGGGUAGCACAUGUUGAUGGAAUAACGGAAUAACAGUCUGCACAACGGACAGCCGGAGGGGGGCCCGCUGAAUACGUUUUGCACCGGGCCCAGGAAUUUCAUAUUGCAGCCCUGAGUAGAAGUCUAUUGGGCAUUAUACCAAAAUAAACAUUAAAAUGUACACAAUUCUGAAAGUAUAGCCACAAUACUUGUUAACAUGGGACUUGUAUGAUAGAAUUGUACACUAACAAGGUCUGUGCAAAGAUAUCCAGUCUUUCAACUCCUGUCAAGACUAUGUAAAGCCGGUAAACCCUGUAAUUUUGGCAUUAUACAUGCAAAAAUGCCAUAAAGGUACUGUUUACCUCGAAAAGUAGUCCCGCCUCUAAAAGGCUAUUUAAGCCAAAAGCACAGUCUUUCGUUUUGAAUAGUUUUGGUGCUCACACUACAUGACUGAUCGCAGACUGGGUGCAUCAACUACAAGACCAUUCAUCCACAACUGAAGCUACAAUCCCGAAAUUUGUCCUCACAAAAAAUCCCACACAUACUGUAGCAUCGAUAGAGUUUCUUCAUAAUAACAUAUCAGUAAACAACAUGAAAGACGGGCUUGUGCCUGUUUUAACACCGAUUUGUACAAAACCGACGAAAUAAGAUAAAGAUCAGAAGAUAUUUACAUUUACAUUUAUGCAUUUGGCAGACGCUUUUAUCCAAAGCGACUUACAGUGCACUUAUUACAGGGACAAUCCCCCUGGAGCAACCUGGAGUUAAGUGCCUUGCUCAAGGACACAAUGGUGGUGACCAUGGGGUUAGAACCUGUGACCUUCUGAUUAACAGCCCUGUGCUUUAGCCACUACGCCAUCACCACUCACAGAUAUUCAUGCGACAGCGGUUAGGCUAGGCUAGGUUAGAGACAUGGGUAGCAGUUUUAUUUUAUUUAUUUGCUUCCUGAUAGAGAGCAACAGUGCCCGUCCACGUUUUCGUGGAAUAAUUUUUCGGUUUCAUGUUUUCCAUAGGGACUCCAUCAAAUCCUCCAUAAAAGAGUUGUAAGUCAAACUUGGAUUUGAAGCAAAUACUGUAUGCAUUUGUAAAUCGGACCAAAAGUCAAAGGUACAAGACUGUGUACUUCACGUCUUUAAUAAGGGAAUAUACUACAAUCCCAUGAAGCAUUGUGAAUGAUGUAAUCUAAUUAAAAAGGAUGGAAAAGGGGCCUGGGUAGCUCAGUGAGUAUUAACACUGACUAUGUACCUCCCUAGCAGCUGGGCCAAUUUGGUUGCUUAGGAGACCUGUGGAGUCACUCAACACACUCUGGAUUCAAACUUGUGACUCCAGCCAGGUCUCCUAAGCAACCAAAUUGGCCCGGUUGCUAGGGAGGGGAGAGUCACAUGGGGUAACCUCCUUGUGGUCACGAUUAGUGGUUCUCGCUCUCAAUGGGGCACGUGUUAAGUUGUGCGUGGAUCUUGGAGAGUAGCAUGAGCCUCCACAUGCUGGGAGUCUCUGCGGUGUCACGCACAAUGAGCCACGUGAUAAGAUGCACAGAUUGACGGUCUCAAAAGCGGAGGCAUCUGAGACUUGUUCUCCACCACCCGGAUUGAGGUGAGUAACCGCGCCACCACGAGGACCUACUAAGUAGUGGGAUUGGGCAUUCCAAAUUGGGGAGAAAGGGGGAUAAAAUUAAUAACUAAAUCAUUUUAAAAAAGGAUGGAAAAAUAUUAAACUAUUGAAUAUAUGGUAUUAUUUCAUAAUAAUUGUUGCCAAUUCUAAUCGUUCAAUUUGCGCAGUGACACCAGUUUCAUACACUAACCUGCAAACUCAUCAACAUCACUUUUAUUUUUGAAGAAGUACAAAAACCUUUGUUACUUUUAAGUGUAUAGUGAUCCACCACAACUUUGUACUGCAACUGCGCCUCUCCUACCAGCGACCGGUUUCAGUAAAUGUUAUAUCUCCCCCUUGUGGUUUCCCAAAGCAAUUAUGCCAUUGAAAAGCACACAAAUUAGGCUUCUAAUUUAAAUGUCGGCUAGUGUUAAUAUAUCAAUUUCUCAAAAAUAUAUCGAUAAAAUAACGUGCCGAUCAAUAAUCGAUAUCCAUAGAGACUUUUACCAAAUGCAAGCUGCACAUUUCUGCAUUUAAACCCUCAGCAGUGUCUUGCCCCAUAGAAUUCCAUUGUAAGUGCAGUGCUGUAAGCCCAAUUUGUGUUGUUUACAAACUAAAAGUGAAGUCAAAAUUAUAUUUAUGCUAAUUGAGUUUAACUUCAACCCAGAACAUUUCUACAACACAUUAAUGGUGCUUAAACCGCAUGUCAUCUCAGACGAUUGGUAUUAAACUAGGUAGAGUGGACUAUCUUGCCAACUCACUAGUGAUUAGUUAAACUUUCGUGCCAAGCACAUUUUAUAUACCAUUUACAUGACAGCAGCAGUGGUUUCUUUUUAACAAUUGCUGGUACAAAAGAUGCAUUAUUCAUCAUUUUAAGCAUGUACAGAAACUUUGAACUCUGCCAGGAUACCCAAAAUUGUUAUUAUUUACUCACCCUCAUGUCAAUUUUAACCUUUAUUACUUUCUUCUUCUGUGGAAUACAAAAGAUGUUGUGUACAAUGUCCUUGUUGUCCAUACAUUGAAGUGAAUGAGGACUGGGCCUGUCAAGCUCCAAAAAUGACAAAAAGCACCAAAAAAGCAGUCCAUACGACUCGUGCACUAUAUUCCAAGUCUUUUGAAGAAAUAUGAUAGCUUUUUUUUGUUAAUUUUCACCUCUGCUGCAGUUCUUAAAUGCAUAGUCUGACAUCAGUGACAAAGACACUUGAGAUGAUGUUUGAUGUCAUUGAUGUCGCCAAACCUGGUGCGAAGUGUCUCGGGGUGAUAACAGAAUGUUUUGGGGGGGUUGAAGAGUGCAGCACAAGACGGUUAUAUUCCAUUUCGUUGUCGUUUUGCGCUAUUUAAUAUUACUCUUUUUCUCCAUAGAUACUGUAGUGAGAUUUUAGGAGCCCUUUAAGUUGGCAUGCAUUUCCAUGUAACUGCAAGUUGACAAUUUAGAAAUGCUUUCUAUUUAUUGCAGCUGAUAUCAAGAACAAAUUUAAACCAGAGUGAAGUACCUGGUGCUGCAAAAUGACCUGGUGCUAAAGGAGGCGGUAAGCUCCUUACUCAAUCUAGUGUUGACUGACUGGUACUUGAAUUCUAUGUAUGUAUAGAUCUUAAUGUUACAUGUCUUUAUGGGUUACUAUUUGGAUGGAUGAACGAACAAAAACGAACUAGGGUUAAUGUACCACAAGUUAAGUUCACCCGACGGCAUUUUUGUUAUAAUGUUGAUCCACACAAAAACUCAUUUUGACUCGUCCCUCAUUUAUAUAAAACUUGCUGUUAGAGUAAGGCACUUACAAAGGAAGUAAAUGGGGCCAGUCCAUAAACAUUCAAAUGCACAGUUUCAAAUUUACAGUGGCAAGAAUAAGUAUGUGAACCCUUUGGAAUUACCUGCAUUUAUGCAAAAAUUUGUCUUAAAAUCUGGUUUGAACUUCAUCUAAGUCACAAUAAUGAACAAACACAAUCAGGUUUAACUAAUAACACGCAAAAUAUUGUAUUAUUCUUGUACAUAUUGAAUACAUCAAACGAGAUUGGAGGUGUGGGUUAGAGCUACUUUGACUUAUAAAAAGCACUUAAAUAUUUUGAGUUUGCUAUUCACAAGAAGCAUCUGCUGAUGUGGACCAUGCUUCACUUAAAAGAGAUUUCAGAAGACCUUCUAAUAUGAUCAAGAAUUGUUGCUUUUGUUGCAAAGUUAUGCCAAAGACCACCUUGACACUUCUCAACGCUACUGGGAAAAGUUUUUGUGUACUUAUGAAACUAAUGUUGAAUUGUUUGGGAAGAACAUGCAGAACUAAAAAAGGCAUAAAAAAGGGCACUGCACACCAAAAUGAAAGCAUCCCAACAGUGAAGUACGGUGGAGAGAGCAUCAUGAUUUGGGGCCGCUUUGGGGCCUGGACUGCUAGCCAUCAUUGAGGGAAAAAUGAAUUCCCAAAUUUAUCAAGAUAUCCUUCAGGAUGAUGUCAGGGUGGCUGUGCGCCAGCUGAAGCUCAGUAGAAGUUGAGUGAUGCAGCAGGACAUUAACCAUAAACAUUGUAGUAAAUCCGUCAAAAAAGAAAAUCCACAUUUUGGACUGGCCCAGACAGAGCCCAGACCUUUACUCAAUAGAGAUGCCGUGGAAUGACCUCAAGAGAGCCGUUCACACUAAAUAUCCUAAUAAUAUGGCUGAACUGAAGCAGUUCUGUAAGAAGGAACGGUCCAAAAUCCCUUCUGAAUGUUGCGCAGGUCUGAUCCGCAGCUACCGGAAACACUUGUUUCAAGUUAUGGCUGCUAAAGGAGGAUCAAACAGUUAUUAAAUCCAAGGGUUCAUUUACUUUUUCCACAGCACUGUAAAUGUUUAAUGGGAUGUGCUCAAUAAAGACAUGAAAGACUAUAAUUGUUUGUGUGUUGUCAGCUUAAGCACAUUGUGUUUAUCUACAGUAUACUUGUGACAAAUUAAUGCAGAAAACUGCUAAUUCCAAAGGGUUCACAUACUUUUUCUUGCCACUUUACAAGAUGUAAACAUUAUACACGUUAACAUGAUUAGGUGAGCUCAAAUCAGGGAUUUACUCGUGUUGUGGCAUUGACCAGAUUACAGAUCAUCACAAUGCAGCUGUAUUGGAUAUACUGUAUGUAACUCUACACAGAUAAGAAGUGUCAUUUUAUCACACUAAUAUAACAUAUAACAUAUUUACAUUGUGCAUUUGAAUGUUUUUGGACUGAAGAAAUUCACUUCCAUACUGUAACCGUGAUUUUUGCUUAUUGUUAAUAAACGAGGAAUGAGAUGAAAUUGUGGUAAUCAACAUUAUACCACAAAUGUUGUUGAUUGAGCUUAACUUGUAUUGAACCCAGAAUAUUCCUCUAUUAAAUAUUACAUUAGGUAUACGUUUGCUUAUAGGGAUGUUUUUGGCUUUUUGUAAUAGGCUACAUAAACACAAACUGUCAACCUUUCAUGUAUAUAUGUACAUUUCACCAGCGUGUUGAUUCGUUCCCUCAGAUCUCUUUGACUCAACUACUUUCUAAUACAGAAUAGCUUUGUUGGAAUAAUACAAUAAUAAACAAUAGUUCGCUUCUCUGAAUAGGUUAUCAUGAAACAUAUCCAAAGAAACUCUUUUGUUUGUAUUGUUUUAAUUUGAUUAUCAUCUGUCAGGUCUCAUUUUUAAAUAUCAGAUUCUGGAAAGUUCUAGCCAUCACUCAGGUAACACAGUUGCAUCUAAUAAUCUGUUUACGUUUCGUCAAGGGUCCAUGUGUUUUGCAGAAAUCAUUCAGUGUUGUUGUUUUGCUUCAGUGAGUACAUUUAUUGGCCUGCGCUGCAUUACUAUGAACUGAUCAACAUCAAAAUGAUUUGCAACAAAUUUUAGUGUCAAGUUGCACUGAAACAUUAAAUUAAUCUUGUUGUGGAGGGUGUCUUUUAGCUUGCCAUUGUAAUAAUAGGUAACACUUUAUAAUAAGGUUCCAUUCUUUAACAUUAGUUAAUGCAUUCAUUAUCAUUAACUAACAAUGAACAAUAUAUUCAAUAUAUUCAGCAUUUGUUGAUCUUUGUUAGUGUUAGUUUAUAAAAACAUAAUUGUUCAUUGUUUGUUCAUAUUGCAUUAAUGUCAACAAAUACAUUGUUUGAUUUAAAAACAUAUUAGCAUUUGUUAUAACUAACAUUAACCAUGAUUAGUAUAUGAUGUAAAAGUAUAGUUUAUUUGAACUAAUGUUAACAAUUGGAGCCUUAUUGUAAAGUGUUAAUAAUAUGUAGUUUGUCUUUGCCUGUCCAAUAGACAUGUAGAAAUGUUUUGUGGUUUACAUAGAAGAGAUUUUACAUGUGAAAUUGUCAUUUUCGCAAUACUUUACUUUUUGGGGAAAUUUGUCAUGUUAAAUAUCCAUAUUGCACUUUUGUAUCACCUUUCUGAUUUGUAUUGCUUUUAUUAAACUUGUUUUGUACAUCAUACCGUGUGCUGUGAGGGAAACCUUUCAAAUUGGAAAUGGCAGGUGAAACUGUAGAAUUGCAUCUUUAUUCUCAAGGCUAGUGAGCGAUAUUGCUUACAACUAUUUGAGCCUAAAAUAAUGACAUUUCAUGAAUCAGACUAGAAAUCUGAGCCUCUGAGCUGCAGCCAACGACACCAUCCAACUCUUCUCUAAACCAGUUAUCAUCAGGGAAAAGGUGCUCCAUAAAUGCUCCAUGGAGUGGUGGUGGUGUAGUGGUCUAAGCACAUAACUGGUAAUCAGAAGGUCGCUGGUUCGAUCCCCACAGCCACCACCAUUGUGUCCUUGAGCAAGGCACUUAACUCCAGGUUGCUCCGGGGGAAUUGUCCCUGUAAUAAGGGCUCUGUAAGUUGCUUUGGAUAAAAGUGUCUGCCAAAUGCAUAAAUAUAAAAUAUAAAUAAUUACAC